UAAACGCUGUGUUAAAAGAGACCUCAUCGUCCUCUUCUCUAUCUGAAAAGGCCUAAACAUACUCCGACUCCAUACUUCAACUCAACCGAAACCUGGUUUUCUGUGAUCGGACCAAAAUAAAAAUUUAUUUUCGUUAAUAUUAUUGUGAUGAACGGUGAAUUACAGCUGAAGCAAUCGGCUGAUCGGAACCCUAGCGACUCCGAUCCUCUGUUAGACAACCACCAUGUUGACUCACAAUCGUCAUCGUCAUCAGCGAGUUCAAGUGAGAUAAAAAAUGAGGAUAUCGAAGCUGGUUCCGUUGCUUUCUGCCGAAUUUGCCUCGAGUGCGAUGGCGAAGAUGGUGAUGAAUUGAUAUCUCCAUGCAUGUGCAAAGGCACCCAACAAUUUGUGCAUCGCUUGUGCCUUGAUCAUUGGCGGUCAGUCAAGGAAGGAUUUGCUUUUUCACACUGCACAACUUGCAAAGCUCAAUUUCAUCUUCGAGUGGCAGAGUUUGAGGAUAAUUCUUGGCGCAAUAUAAAAUUCAGACUCUUUGUUGCCAGGGAUGUUUUUCUUGUAUUUUUGGCUGUGCAAACUGUGAUUGCCUUGAUGGGUGGCUUUGCAUAUCUCAUGGACAAAGAUGGAACUUUCAGGAAUUCAUUUAAUGACAGUUGGGAUCGUAUCCUGUCAAAGCAUCCUAUACCAUUCUACUAUUGCAUAGGAGCUCUGGCCUUCCUUGUGCUGCUUGGGUUUUUUGGGAUCAUAUUACAUUGUUCCUCGCUUAAUACUAGCAACCCGCACAUGGCUGGGUGUCAGAACUACUGUUAUGGGUGGGGCAUAUUGGAUUGUGUUCCUGCAUCAGUGGAAGCAUGCUUUGCCCUGGUUAUUGUUUUUGUUGUUAUCUUUGCCAUUCUUGGCAUUGCCUAUGGUUUCCUUGCUGCCACCAUGGCCAUCCAAAGGAUUUGGCAAAGACACUAUCAUAUUCUUACCAAGAAGGAACUCACACAGGAGUACAUAGUGGAGGAUCUUCACGGCUGUUACACGCCUCCAAAACUGGAUACAGAACACGAAGAGCGUCUGAAAAUUCUUAAACUUUUGUAGCUGAGGUCUGGAAUGGCGGGUUCAAUAAACACCUUAGAAUUGUUUGGACUUUCGAAUGUCAACGUGAAAAAAGCUGCAACAUAUAUUUAUUACGCUGUUAAGUAAAUCUCUUUUUAUGGAAUGAGAAAGAGAGUGAAUAAUUUCUCAUGUUUUCUUGAUGGGUGAACCUUGAUUAAGCUGGAACAGAGCAGAAUCUGUAAAACACACCUACAUAACAAUAAUUACAUUUAUUUCUGUUUCUCGUGCAUCAGUUUUGCUUCAAUUGCUU